AUGCAUGUGGAUGUGCCUCACGACUGUUUCCCGGGUUGUGCCACUCCUCUUGAGGCAUUUGCUAUAGCCCUCCGUUCUCAACCGCGUGGUUUUGGUUGGGACUGUAGUGCAAUUAGUGCCCUGGAUGGUAGGGGGGAGGUGGUAGCAGGGUUUGUGCUAGGACUGCCCCGCGCCUCUCCCUGUGAUAAAAUUAGUGGUCCUAGUUUUGUGUGCGUCUCGUUGGGAAGUGGGACGCGUUGUGUGGGUUACAAACCAGUGGAGUUUACUGUUGAGGCCGAUUUGAUGCUGAGAGACGGGCACGCGGAGGUUAUGGCCCGGCGUGGCCUCGUGGCAUUCCUUCUGGAUGCAGCAGCGUAUCUUUCACGGGGUGACGACCGACUUCAUUUUGCCGUUGAGCGUCACCAUUGUUUUCCUCAGUUCUCCGGCGGUGACGCAAGUUGUGAUGCAGUGGGGGAGUGUUUCCGUCUUCGGCCCGGCGUGAGCGUGCACUUGGUGUGCACAGAGUAUCCCUGCGGUGCGAUGUCUACCCCAUUCGGCGGGGCUCAUGUGCUCCUGAGUACGCCUAGCGGCCGUUCCCUUUUCGACGGCGGAUUGGAUAGCAACCCUUUGCUCGUUGGAGAGGAGCAUGUAUCUCGCUGCGAUGGCAAGACCCUACCUGAGUUUGUGGACGCUCGCGUGUUUGAUGGUCCCGGCUCCUUUACCGUUUGCUAUGGCCACCGGGUAGCUGCUCACCGGUGCUGGCCGGUGGACGAUAUGCCGUUCGUAGCCCGUGUCAAACCGGGGAAGGGUCGGCAAAACCUCUGCAUGUCGUGUUCGGACAAAUUGCUUCGCUGGCACUGCUUGGGCAUCCAGGGCCGAAGACGAACGCGACUGUUUCCGGAGCCCAUCCGCCUGGCGGCGGUGUGGCUUCCGCGAAAGGUUAGCAUUGUUAGUGACAACUGUGUAGCGGUUAAUGCGUUUUCCCCUCUAGAGAAAGCAAGAGAGGGCCUAAAUAGCCGCUUGCAUUGUUUUUGUCCUCGUCUUCGCCCUGGGGAACUAGGUGCUCCCUCUGAGGGAACAAACGAGCCUGUGCGAGGUGGUUCGCCAUUUCCGCAGGUGGAUGUUUGUGAUUUUGAAUCGUCCGCCCUCCGUUUGAUCCUGGUGGGCAUGAGUGGGGACGAUACCCCUCUGGGAAACGGUGGUGCGCCCAAAAGAAAGGAUGAAUCAUGCUGGUCCCGUGCUGCGUGGGCCACAGUGGAGGAUGGAAAUCAAGUUGUUCCCUGUUCCGCGGGUGCGAAAAGGCGUAGGGGGGAACUUGAGGGCCUCGUCGUGCGGUGCGUUUUGCGCUGGAACGAAGAGAGCACCGCAGCGUUGAACACCAAGGCUGGUGUUCCACGUGGCGUAACGAAGCAAAGUAUGAAUCGCACAGUGCAACAAUUGCUUCAGCUUCAAUCGGACGUAUAUUCGGGAGCAAAACCUCCUGACCCUGAUACCGCUGCGCUACUGGAGGGGAUAGCGUCUCGGUUUCCACUCUCUAGGUUGUGGAUGGCAUUAAGGCAGCGGGAAAUUGCCCGGACGGUUUCGGGGAGAUAUCAUCAAAGCUGUCGUAGGUUACAGGCCUUUCCUCCAACGGAGGGUGAAGCUGAUCACGAAACUAGGCGAGUUGGCAAUUAUUCGCUUUAUAUUCCUCAGCGGGUUGUGUCGGUUGGUGACAUGGCGGAAAUAGGGAGGAACAUCGCAUCUGGUGACUCCGUGCAUUGUUGGCUACAGGGGUCGCAGCGUGCCGGAGAGUCCGUCCUUGACGAGGUGUGGAAGGAGGGGCUAGGACGUAAACUUCCGUUGCUUUGGGUAGAAAAGCGGGAGCAACGCGUUGCAUGA